CAACUUCUUCCCACUGUCGGAUAUUGCGUCACUGCUCAACGCUCGACCUGACCUCGCUGUCCGGCCGGUGACGUCUGGCUUCUCGUGUGGAUAGCCAAGAUGGACUUUGCUCCAGAGGAAUCUUGAAAUGUCUGUUUUGAUCUUUUGAAACACCUCACUGUGCAGCUCAGCAGGGGAAUGUCAGAUAACCAAGGGAACAAUGGGGAAAUAUUUUUACUGCACAGGUUUGCUGAAAAGCACCUGGGACCAAGUUUGCAUUGCUUUCUGGCAACGUUACCCCAAUCCUUACAGUAACCAUGUCUUGACAGAGGACAUCAUCUUCAGAGAGGUAACCCCGUCCAACUGCCUCAUUUCCAGACGUCUGUUGACCAAAACUAGCCGUUCACCUCGCUGGAUGGAGCGGUACCUCCCAAAGCACAUGUCGAGCUCGGCCUACAUCAUUGAGGACUCAAUUGUGGACCCUCAGAAACAGACCAUGACCACUCUAACAUGGAACAUCACCCACGCCCGCCUCAUGUCGGUGGAGGAGCGCUGUCAGUACCAAAUCAACCCAGAGAACGGCUCCUGGACGGAGAUCAAAAGGGAAGCCUGGAUCUCUUCCGGUGUCUAUGGGCUUUCUAGAGCUAUUCAGGAAUUCGGUUUGGCAAGGUUCAAGAACAGCGUCACAAAGACCAUGAAAGGCUUUGAGUAUGUGCUCGCUAGAAUGCAAGGUGAAACUCCAUCUAGAACAUUAGCAGAGACUGCAACGGAGCGAGCAAGGGAGACAGCGCUGGCAGCUAAAGAGAAAGCAAAGGACCUCGCUUCACAUGCGCAGAAGAAACAAUACGUGUGAUGCAGCAGCUGCAGCCUCUUACCCUGGGACACAUUUACAUGUAACCACUCUGAUUGUUCACUCAGUUGUUGGGUGAUUUGCAACAGAUCCCAGUCUUGGUUUGAAAACGUCUCUGUGAGGACACAGCGGUGGGUGGACCAUAAUAAAAAAAGGCCUGAGCUGGGUUCAAGAGCCUGUUCUGGCCUCCCUGA